AUGUCCGCAUCAGCUUCUGGCUCCAACGCGAGGGCAAACGGCUCUGCCCAUUCAAGAGAACACAAUCAAGGAAACCAAGAGCGAAAAUGGACCCCGCAACAAAAGGCCGAAGUGAUAAGAAUACGGAAAUGUAGUCCUACGGCUUUCUACGAGAUCCUGGCGAUCGAGAAAACAGCAAGUGACGGAGAGAUUAAGAAGGCGUACCGCAAAAUCAGUCUCUUGACACAUCCCGAUAAAAAUGGAUAUGAAGGUGCUGAUGAGGCUUUCAAGAUGGUAUCGCGCGCAUUCCAAAUACUGUCAGACGCGGACAAGAAGUCGAGAUACGAUCAGUUCGGUGGCGAUCCCGAUAACCGCUUCUCCAGCAGUGGUGCCGCAGGCGCGGGAGCCAGUCCUUUUAGUGGCUUUGCAAGAUCGCCUGGGAGAGGACCCAUGUACGAAGAUGAGAUAUCGCCGGAGGAGUUGUUCAACAGGUUCUUCGGCGGUGGCAUGGGACCAGGGUUCCAGUUUGGUGCCGGCUUUGGGGGUCCUCAGUUCGUCUUUAACAUGGGCGGCGGCCCGGGUUUCACAGUACAUCGCAUGGGCGGCACCAGACCGCGAGGGAGGCCGCGAGAUGCGCAGUCGGAGACCGCACCAACAGGCUUAUCAGCGUUGACACAACUAUUACCACUGCUACUACUCUUUGUUCUUCCGUUAUUGUCAUCACUCUUUACUGGAUCCUCCAACUCAGGCCCACACGUUCGAUACGAUUCCCCGGUUCCGCCAAACACGAUGCAUCGAGUGACGCCUAGGUACCACAUUGACUAUUUCUUGAAUCCGGCGGAGGUGGAGGGAUACACGUCAAGACAAUUCAGUUCACUGGACCAACGGGCUGAAGUGGAUUACGUCUCAACAUUGAAGUAUCAAUGCGAGAGUGAGGUACAACGGCAGCGGCACGAGAUUAAUGAAGCCACAGGACUCUUCUUUACAGACGAGAACAGAUUAAAGAGGGCUAGGGACAUGGCGAUGCCUGGCUGCCGCCGGCUGGACGAGUUGAAAGUCAAUCGCCAGUACUAG